CUCACCCAUGAGCCAGCUCCCAAGAAAGAGGCAUGUUUGGGGGACCCCAGGAGCAGAAGGGGAGCAAUCCCCUGGGGGGAAGACUGUCUCUGUGGUGGAAAGCCAGGCUGGAGGGCCCUUCAUGCCACAGGGUGGGCUGGAGAGAGGGGAGACGUGGUUUGUGGAUGCCUCCUUCUCAUGCCCAGGGAUCAGCAGUGUGAAUCAGCUGGGGGGCCUCUUUGUGAACGGCCGGCCCCUGCCCCUGGACACCCGACAGCAGAUCGUGCAUCUGGCAGUGAGUGGGAUGCGGCCCUGUGACAUCUCACGGAGCCUUAAGGUAUCUAAUGGCUGUGUGAGCAAGAUCCUAGGGCGUUACUACCGUACAGGUGUCUUGGAGCCCAAGGGAAUUGGUGGUAGCAAGCCACGUCUGGCCACACCCGCUGUGGUGGCUCGAAUUGCCCAGCUGAAGGGUGAGUGUCCGGCCCUCUUUGCCUGGGAGAUCCAACGCCAGCUCUGUGCUGAAGGGCUUUGCACCCAGGACAAGACUCCCAGUGUCUCCUCUAUCAACCGAGUCCUGCGGACACUACAGGAGGACCAGAGACUGCCCUGGGCACAGCUCAGAUCACCAGCCGUUUUGGCUCCAGUUCCUCGCACUCCGCAUAGUGGCUCUGAGGCUCCUCGGGGUCCCCACCGGAAUCGGACUAUCUUCUCCCCAGGCCAAGCUGAGGCGCUGGAGAAAGAGUUCCAGCGUGGGCAGUAUCCUGAUUCAGUGGCCCGUGGAAAGCUGGCUGCUUCUACCUCUUUGCCCGAGGACACGGUGAGGGUCUGGUUUUCCAACCGAAGAGCCAAAUGGCGCCGACAGGAGAAGCUCAAGUGGGAAAUGCAGCUUCCAGGUGCUUCUCAGGGACUGGCUGUACCGAGUGCUUCCCCAGGGAUCGUCUCUGCACAGCAGUCCCUUGGCAGUGUGACCACAGUGGCCCUGCCUGUUCCAGAAUCCCUGGGUCCCUCCUGCUAUCAGCUGUGCUGGGGGACAGCACCAGACAGGUGCCUGAGUGACACUCCACCCCAAGCCUGUCUCAAGCCCUGCUGGGGCUACCUGCCCCCCACAGCCGAGCCCCCUGCAUUCAGUACUGUCCGGCCAUCCUUGCCUUUCCUUCCACUGCCCCUGCCGCCGUCAGUCUUGGUGCCCCUCAGGCCUUGCUCUGGUUUGGCUCCCCAAUACUGCAAGGCCUGCGAUGAGGGAGGCGGGCCAGAAUGCAAGGGAGAUGCGGUGCAGAGGGUCUAA